GCCUCUUUUCGGAGAGGCAGCACAUGUCUGUAAAUCGGCCUCAUUGUCCGGUUAGCGCCAGGAGGCUCGGAAAGCGUGCGGAUCCUCUCCCGGGUUAAUAUAAAACAGCAAAAUGUUUCUUCAGUUUUAUCUGAACGAGAACGGAGAUCGUGUCUACACCCUGCAAAAAGUCUCUCCGGACGGUAAACCCACCAGCUCGGCUCACCCGGCGAGGUUUUCCCCGGAUGACCAGUAUUCUCGACACCGCGUCACGCUGAAGAAGCGCUUCGGAGUGCUGAUGACGCAGAAGCCGCGGCCCAUCCUGUAAACCGCGACACACCGCAGACAUGCACCGGUAACCAAGGAAACGGCUGCCGCACAACCAGGCUCCCCGAACUACUGCCAAAGACCAUAACUCUGUUUUUCAUGCCGUGAAAACCACCCGUUUCGGAUGCCAGCGGACAUUCGGAAUAAAUCAGUUUCUUCAAAAGCAAGCUGUUUGUUUUUAUGUGUU